UUUAUGUAAUUAAGUGCAAAUAUGCUAUUUACAAAGACAAAAUGUGCAAAAUGCCAAUAGGAUAUAUUCACACACAACAAGACAGUUAAACCCUUAGGCUAUUGUCUUUUUGCUCUGUGGGAAGCCUCAGACAAAUCCCUCUUAGUUGCAGGUGGUCAAGCAUGAGCAAAGAGUUAAGUCCCAGGGUCCCUCUGCCCCUCCCAUUUGAUGUUCUGACAUCAUUAGCCCUGCCCCCUAAAAUAAUCCUCCCUUCCCCCAAACUCAAACCUUGGGCAGAAAAGAGGGGAACUGUGAGCGUGUCCGCCGCGGGACCAGGGGUUAGCAAGCCACACUGGAAAUGUAGAGAUAAUAUGCUUUAGGGACACUCUACUGGAAAUUCCUGCAAACAUCUUGCACUUGUGGAGGAGAGCGAUGGCUGUUCAAGCUGCCAUCAUGAACUCUCAGUUCUUAAACUUCUGCUUUCCUGGCUCGGUCAUGGAGUACGAGAUGGAAAAGGGUCUGGAGGGCAGCUUUCUGGGUGAGGUGGACUGCGAGGGUGACUUUAGGGAGACCACCAGAGAUCUUCUCAGCUUCAUCGACUCGGCUUCCAGCAAUAUCAAACUUGCAUUGGACAAACCUGUCAAGUCCAAGAGGAAAGUCAACCAUCGCAAGUACCUGCAGAAGCAGAUUAAAAGGUGCACCGGCAUCAUUUCCCAAGGCGCCGCGUCUGUUCAGGAGCCGUGUAAGAGACAAGAUUCACCUCAACCCAGCAAAACGCCACCCAAGAGGGACGGGAUGCAAGCCAACCUGCAAAGCAAAAGUCUGGCUGCCCUAUUCAACCCGGCGAAGGAUGUACGAGGAGAAAGGGCCAAGAAGCCUCCGCUGCGACACCGAAACCUCCCUCCGUCUUUCUUUACGGAGCCGGCCAACAGCUCCAGAGUUACAUCCACGUCUGGCAUGUCGCUUAAAGACCUGGAGCGAGGGACGCCAGAAGCCGCCGAGUUUUUGGAGCUUCUCGGGCCCGACUACAGCAACAUGGUUUCAGAGCAGGAUCUAUUUCACACCAGGAUCCAACAGGAUGUGAGCGGAGGCCCCGAACCUGGCUCGUAUGAUUUCGUGACUGCUGGUUUUUUAUACACAGAGCCUUGGGGAACUCCCAAAAAGUCAGGGGACAUGCGGACGGCCCCGCUACAGCCAAACCCUUACAGUCAAGCAGACAUUUCUGGCGCUUUGCCGGUGGAACAUAGCUCGCCGUGUGCACUUACCUUUCCAAACUUCUUCACAGACUGCACUGCACCGCCGGUCUCGUAUGAUCUGACAAACGGAUACAACAGAGGAAGCUUUCCUGCUCUUUAAAAUAGAGAUUUCUGGCAUUACUUUCAGAAAAAAAUGCUGUUGUUUAGUAUGGAAAUGAGAUCGAAUUCAAUUGUUGGACAGAAUAUACAUGCAUGCUUGGUGUUACCGCAUAAUGCAGCCUAAAGCAUCUAAAAAUAACCUUGCAUCAACAUUUCUAAUCAUAAAUCGAAACCUCAUGAGUUUAUUUUAUUGCUCCCUGCAUUUAAAACAAGUCAAAAUUGCUACUAUAAUUAUGUUUGCCUAACAUGGAUGUAUAACAUAACUUCUUUAUUUUUAACGUAGGCAUUGUUUGAUUGAUAAUACGAAAAUAUUGCAAAAAACAAAUUAGGUUUUUUAUAGAACUGAUCUCAGGAGGCUCUGCAUCUUUGUCAGUCAAAGACAAACAGUGACCCCAUGAAGUAUUUGGGCACACUUGAAAGACAAAAUAUCAAACCAAGCGGCAUCUGCAAACAAAUACUACUGGACUUUUUCCUCAAAAUUAAUUUUUCUUUGUAGUUACUUUUAAAUGAGGGGCUCCAGUGUCAUUUUAGUGUAUGUAU